GCUUUCAAAAGAUUUUUUAUACAUAUAUAUAUCUUAAACACCGGUAUCGUUCACAAACGCUUCCUUUUAAGAGCAAGCCUGUGUAGUGUUAGAAGGGCUAUACGAGCAGCUGCGCCGGCUGUUCCACUAGUUCCUCUAAAUGGUUGGUAUACCCUUCCCUGACCAGCAAGCGUCUUUUUUGUUCUUCGGUAAGCUCUUCUUAACGUUUUAUUACAGAAGAGCUCUUGUAUUUUUUUCUUCUUUUUUUUUUAUGUCGGGAAAGGGCAGGUGAGCUGAUUGGUUAUGAAGCUGCAGUAAAAAAACAAACUAGAAACCUCAAGCCAGGAUGGUCAUCCAGCAAGUUUGUAGGAGACAACAGAAAGUCUUUCUAGUGCAAGCUAGUGAUGUAUUUCUCUUCUAAAUCGCCUCAAAGUACACGAUGGAACCAAAAAAGGUGUUUACAAAUGAUAAUCGGAGUUCAAGAGAUUUUCAAUCAGUCGGAUGUGGGCGAGAGUUAUGUUGCGGUAGCACACACAAUGGAAUUGACCACAGUGUAGCAACAGUGGCCAAGGAUGACUUUCCUGAAAACACACAGUCGACUGACUACAGGGCUGUAACAGCAACAAAAGAAUGUUUCUCGAAAACUGCAAACAGUGAAGUUGACCACGAUGCAAAAGAAAAACCUAAAGAAUCGAAUUUUCUGAACAUCUUUGAUCAUUUGGAUCAUUCCGUCCUUCAAACUCCUUUUACUAUUGGUGUGCCCAGUGUUCCACGGGUUCUCCAGUAUCUGAAGAAUGGCACCCAAGAAGUUAAGGAUGUGAUCUUAAACGAAUGCAAUUUGAUUUACGAGUGUAAGGUUUGUCAUAGCUUGUUUCGCAGUCUUGCUAAUCUCUUAGCACAUAAACGCUUCUAUUGUAAGAAGUUUUCAAAUGAAAGUUUUGUGCGCAUUGAUAAGAAAACCAGUCCUUCUGUUCCUGAUAAAUCAGUAAACAAGCGAUCAAGUCUAGAUGCUCAUAGUGUCCAAGGUAGUGACGACACAAGUCCAUCUCACUUGGAUUGUAGUUCAUCUGUUCAAACCGAAGAAAAUAAAGAAAGGUAUGUCCAAAGAGAUCUCACGAACACCCCUAUUGUAAGGGAAUCUUCGUUUUAUAUCGAUAGUCUACAGAAGGGUUUGAAAAAAAAUGCAGGUUAUGAAGAAGUAGCAGUAGAUUUAAAACCAAUAGAAGGCAAUUCAAAUGCCGUAUUUCAGGUGAUUACAUCUAGUCAUAUAGAUAUUAAAACAAACAAUGAAAUGCCACGCGGUGAACAGGGCAUUGUACAAGUCACUCCAGAGAAAACAACUGAAGAUAAAUUGACCCUUGCAGAGGAUUGUAUGCCGGAUGAGUUACCGCCUUCAGGUGCACCUUUCAGUAGGGCGAAACGUCUUGGAGGCAGGUCUGAUUGUAACAUUAAGACUUUAACAUGUCUCCGUUGUAGAACUCGUUACACGUCUUUAAAGACGCUUAAUCUCCACAUGAUGACAGUCCAUGCCCAAAAAAGAACCUAUUUCCCAUGUCCUUUCUGCGAGACAACCUUCGUCCAAAUGUGGGGUGUUACUCGGCAUUUAAUGACUGUCCAUAAGAAGACCAAAGGUCAGGUGGAUCGGCUUAGAGGAAGAAUUAAGCGUCGAGCAUUUGUGAAAAAAAUCGAAACUGAUACUUCAGGGACUGAUAUGGAAAGCGGUCAGCAGAGCAAGAAUUCUCAAGAGAUCAACAGUCCUGAAAGCGAUUUACGGCACAAUUUGAAAUAUUUCAAAAAGCAAUCGCAGACCAAUCGAAAUUUUCAAUUUCAUCACUGUUCCAAGUGUUGGAGAGUAUUUGGUCGCCAAUCUUCUCGGAUCAGUCACGAAAAAUUUUGCUUCUUUAGUCCAAAAAAAACGAAAAAGAAGCUUACAAGUGAAAAAGAUUCGACUGAAAUUUUAGCUAAUGCCCGUGAAAACGUUAGAUUAAAAUUAAACAAGACAAUAACUAAAAAAAAUUUAAUUACGAAAAGACAAAAGAAAAUUGUUAGAACCCCUAAAAAUGGCGUCCUAAGUUGUUGUUUGACACAAAUUCAACAUCCAGAUUUAGAAGAGAAGGUUUUAGCUUUAAUUGAUAGCGAUACUCUAACUUGUCAGAAAUGCAACAGACGAUUUUCAACUUUUUCAAAUCUUCGGCGGCACGUAGCCAUUCACGUAGGUUGGCGUCGAUUUAAGUGUAAGCAUUGCUCUUAUCAGGCAUACAAUAGGUCGGACUGUCGCAAUCAUGUGAAACGCAUCCAUCUUGGCUUGGGGGCAGCUACUGCCAAAGUUGAACGAAUGAUUGUGGACCUUCCUACUCUUAAUGCUACGUCAAUAAAGCUGGAAAAUGAAACUAGUCCUAACAGUGCGGGUCACGUGACAACGCCACCAAGUUUACAGGUUUCUUCUGCAAAGUCGAAAAAAAAAAUAAGUGGAAGGACAGAAAUGGUUAAGCCUGAUAAAAAAAAUUCGACAUCUAAUGGAUCGGGGUCAGAAAAAUACAGGAAUCGUCGAUCCAAAUCUAAUUCUUCUAGUCGCUCUUCUUCUCUAACUCCGAAAACUUCACCAUCUGAUGGUUCAUUUAAUCAUAAUUCCUGCUUUUCCCGCCAUUCGUCUCCGUCUGCACCAUUCUAUGAGCCGAGUUCUAUUUCUACGCUAGUUACUCGCGCAGGGGUUUACCCGAAAAAGUGUCGCGUGGUAUUUGCAUCCAAAAUGGGCACCUCUACCUCACGCACGGAGAGAAUGUCGGAUCUAUCUACCCAACACUCUUCUGCUUCUUCGGGUAAGGAUUGAAAACGUCUUGGGACAGAAUGAACGGGAAAUAUUGAAGUCAUUUAAGUAAUAGAAAAAAGAAAUACGUUUCAAUCUCACAGAAACUUCAUGUAACUUGUAAUAUUUAUCAUAUCGAUUUGUACCAUUAGCACAAUUACAGAAAAGGUGAAAAACGUUCUAUCAGCGCGAUUUGAUGUCGAAAGGAGUUGGUUAACGAAACAUCAGUUAAUUAUUUUUUAUCAAAUACAAAGAUAAAUUUGACUGGAUUUUUUAGUUAUUUUUAAAUGUAUGUAUAUAUAUAUAUAGCAUGAUAUAAUUAUUCUGAAUUUUUCGUUUAAAAUUGCAUUGUUAUCAUAUAAGCCAUAUACGAAUGUUUAUACGGGGCUUCCAAUAUAAUAUACGCUCUGUUUACCAGCUAGAGUAAACCAAUCAUUAAGACCAAAUGUGGCUUCGAGUUGUGAUUCGUAAUUUUUUUUAUUGUUAGUCGAAAAUUUGAUUGUGCUAGAUAUAGGCAUUAAAUCAACCAAUUUUUAUUAAGCUUGUUUUGUGCGCUUUAAAGCUUAUAGCACUAACCCAUCAUUUCUAAAGUUUGUAUUCCAACUAAAAGUUAUAGCUCGCCAUCUACUGGUCGUAAUUAUAAUUAAUGGAGGUAAGCAUACAAAGUCAGUUUUGAAAUGAUAUUUUUCUACUACACAAACACUAUGAGUUAGUCAUUGUUUGUAUAUACUGUAUCAACAGAAUAAAUGUUUGUCAGGCAAAUUAAGUGUCAUUAUUUAAAUUUUGUCAUUAUUGCUUCACAAUCCAACAAUAAAGUCAUUGAGGUUGUGUUUUUUCUUUUAACAAAUGUAAGUACAUUUAAUGAUUUCGUCUUUGAAAUAAAAUGUUUUUAAAAAUGCUC